UCUAGCUGAUUGCAGUUCAGCUAACAAAAGUGCUCGUUUAUCGCAGCGAAUAAAAAUAUAAUUAGAAACAAAUAUUAUAUUUAACUUACUGACGUUAAAACGACUUAAGCGCCGUCGCUUUUGCUCGUUUUUUUGGUUAAAAAGCCUAAAGCCAGUGAAAAGCGCAAACUAGAAGAGGCGAGGCAACAUUUGAUGAAAGCAGAAAUUCGCAAAAAUCGAGCAGCGAGUGCGAGUGAAAAAGAAGAAGAAGACGUCGAAGGAGGAGAAGGCAAAAGCAGAAAACGACCAGCAGCAGCCACAAAGCAAAGCAAAGCACGAAAGGCUAACCCCCCAAAACAACAAAAAAACGUAAAAUCAAAAAAAUAAGUGCGUGAAUAUUUAGAAAAAUUAACGCCAGACCGCCAUUAAAGUGUGUUUUGUUAUUGUUGUCGUCGUAGUAAACGUUUUAUUUGUUUUUGCUUUCGAUAUAUAACGUUGUUGUGUUGAAUGCUGGCUCCGGGAAACGCGAAGAAGAUCGAUCGGCGACAAUUCCUCGAUUAAGCGAAGCGAGCAUAUUGUCGACAUCGUUGCUCCCGUUCCGUUCCUCGUCUCUCUGUCACACGCUCUUCGUCUCUUCGUUCCGUUCCCCAUUCGUUGUGCAUCGUGACGUCGUCGUCGUCACCAAGCAAUAUUCAGAUUGAGAGAUUCAGCCACCCAGCCAACAACAACAAGAAAAGGAGGAAGAAGAGGAAAAAUAGCAACAACACAGCAGCAGCCAAAGAAGAGACACAAAGCAAAUAAAAGAGCUAGACAGAGAAACAGCAACAGAAAGCAGAAAGCAAACAGCAAAACAAGAAUAAGAACAAGCAAAAAAAAAACACAUAAACGCAAACGCAGCAUACGCAUAUAAAUAAAAUUGAAAUCAGAAGAAAUAAGUGCAACCAAGUAGCAAAGAAAUAAAAGAAAGCGAGAGAAAUACUUUUGGUGCUGGCAAUUUGGCAAUUGGCUUGCGCCCAUCUUCUACAACUAUGAACAACAAUAGCAAGCGGAAAAGUCGACCUAGUGGAGGUGGCGGAGGAGGCGGCGGCGCCAGCGGCGGUAUCUCAAGAUACAACGCAAACGACAACAGUCUACGGCCAGCGAACAACAAGGCAGGCGGCGGAGGAGGUGGCAACGGCGGUAUCGGCGGCGGAGUCGGUGUCGGUCGCUCGUUGGCGGCGCAGGGCGUCUAUAACAACACCUUCUUCAUGCACUCGGCCACGGCGCUCGUGGGCAGCGUAGUCGAGGUUCGUCUGCGCUCGGGCAACACGUACGAGGGCGUGUUUCGCACAUUCUCGGGCAACUUUGACAUUGCACUGGAGCUGCCGGCGUGCAUCAAGCCCAAGAAUCAGUCCGAUGAGGGCAAAACGGUGCCCAAACACAUCAUAUUCCCCGCGGACACCGUGGUCACCAUCAUAGCCAAGGACUUUGAUUCGCAGUACGCCACAGCCGGUGCCUUUCAGACCGAUGGCGCCAUAUCCGACAAGUGCAAUGGCACACGGUUCGAUGAAAAGGAACUGGAGCCAUGGGACUCGGGCGCCAAUGGCGACAUUGACAUUGAGCUGGAUGGCGCCUCCAAUGGCUGGGAUGCCAACGAGAUGUUCCGCAAGAACGAGAAUCAAUUUGGUGUAACAUCAACUUUCGAUGACUCGCUCUCGUCGUACACGGUGCCUCUGGACAAGGGCGAUUCCCUGGAGUUCAAAGAGGCCGAGGCAAAGGCUGAGAAACUGGCCGCCGAGAUUGAAAAUAAUCCCACAUGCCGCGAGCGUCUGGAUCUGGAGAAUGGCGACGAAGAGGCGAUGUUCGCGGCUGUCGAGCGUCCAGCGGCACAAGUGCCCGACCAUGAGCUGGAGCAGCGUGAGCAACGUGACCGUAAUGAUCGCGACAGAGAACGCGAGAGGAACGAACGGGAGCGAGAGCGUGAGGAGCGCGAACGUGAACGGGAGCGGGAACGAGAACGUGACCGCGAUCGUGAUCGUGGCAACAAACCGCGUGGCGGAGGCGGAGGUGAUUAUCAGCUGCGCGAGACAAUGAGCAGCGAUCGCUACAUCACCAAGCAGACGAGGAACAACAAUGGGCCGCAAGCAUCGCAUGCUGGCAUGUCCUCGCAGUCACAAUCGCAGUCAUCGUCAUCGGUGGGUGGAGUACGCGAUCGCGACAAUCGCGGCGACAAUGCCGGCGGCAUUAUGAUGGGACAACAGCAAGGCAUGGGCCAAAGCGGAGGAGCUACGCCUGCUGUGCUCAUGCUCGCUGGCAGCCUGAAGAACACGGGACCGGCUUCGACGUCGGUCAACGCGUCCACGGACACCGCUGGCAACAAGUACGGUGGCGGACCAAUGAUGAAGCGCAAGCCGGUGCAGCAAGGCGGCAAGAUCAUGCGCAACAAUGCGCCCAACAGCGUGGGCGCUGGCAACGCCUCCAACAUGCCGCAGGGCAACAACGGCAACAAUGUGGGUGGCGGCAAGGGCGGCGGUGGCUAUCAGUCGCCCAUGGGUAUUCAGAAUCAGUACUCGUAUCAGAACAACUCACAGAUCAUCCACGGCUCCACGCAGUAUCGCAACCAGGGACAUUUGGGCGGCGCAUCCAAGCUGAACGGCGGCGACUCCGGCGCCAAUGCGGGCAAGCCGCUGCCUCAGCGUCAGAUGCGACAGUAUCAAGGAUCGCAGAGCAACUCGUCGCUCAACUAUGGCGGCGACUCGCAGCCGUUGGGCAAACCGAUUCAUAGUGGCCAUGGUGUGCAUGGUGGUCACAACAGCAACUCGCCGCCGUUGCAGACAGGUGGACCGCAACAGCAACAACAGCAGCAGCAGCCGCCACAGCAGCAGCAACAACAGGCGCAUCAAGGACAGGGACCGCAAGGACGUCAGGUGCGUACGGUUCAGGACACGAUGCAGAAGCUGCGUCAGUUCAAUCAGGACUUUCAACUGGCGCUCAGCAACACUUCGCCGCCACAGCAGCAGCAACAACAACAACAGCAGCAGCAGCAACAGCAGCCGCAGCAUUCGAUGCAGCGCAGCAACUUGCAGCAGUCGGUGUCGCCGCCUCAGCAGCAGCACCAACAACAGCAGCAGCAGGUGCAACAACAGCCACCACAGCAAUUGGUGGCCGUUCAUGUGGCGCCGCCGCAUCAUCACCAGCAGCAGCUGCCACCGCAGCAACACUAUGUGCCUCAGCAGCAACAACAGCCGCCGCCGCAGCAGCAGCAGCCACCACCACAGCAUGUGCAGCAUUUGCAGCAGCAAAAGGCGCCACAGCAGCAGCAACAACAGCAGCUGGUUGUGGACAAUCAGCAUCAUGUGUCCAAGCAGCAGCAGCAACAACAACAGCCAGCGCAGCUGGUGCAGGAGGCCACUCAGCCGACUCAAACCAUCUACCAUGUGAUGCAACCGCCGCCAGCUGGCGUGCAGCAGCCACAAACAUCGCCGGUGGUGAUCAGCUCGCCGGGUCCGUUGCUGGAUCCACAGCAACUGCCGCCACAGCCGCUGCAGGCGGCCACGCCCAAGCCGGAGGUCGCCACACCGUCGCCAAACAUUGUGGCAGCGGGUGCCAACAGCACUCCCACAGGCACGGGCGCCAUCAUCAGCACACCGACCACAGGAGGCGUCGUCCAGGCAGGUCCAGCAGCUGCUGCUGGCACAGCAGCAGACAAGUCGACUCCGGUGGUGGCCACAGGUGGCAGCAGCGUGCCAGCGCCAGGCAGUGGCACAGCCACCACAGCAGCAGCCGCCACAGCUGCUGGCACCGGCACAUCCACCACACCCGGCAGCGGCAGCACGCCAGUGGUUAAGAAGCCGCACGUGCUGAAUCCAUCGGCGAAGCCGUUCACCCCGCGCGGCCCGAGCACGCCGAACCCUUCGCGACCACACACACCACAGACCCCGGUGUCGAUGCACCAACUUCACUACGCGACUUCAAAUGCCAUUGUGCCAGCGACCAAUCCGCAGAUCUUUAUGGUGCCGCCAACAGCAUUCCAGCCAACCACACACCAGCCCCGACAGAGCGGUGUGCGUCGCAGCCAAUAUGGUCAAAUGGGUACAUCGCAAAUGCACGUGUCAGCGACGACGGCAACCGGACCACCCUUGAUGGCCGCCGCUCCGAUACAACAAUUCAUACAGUACCAGCAUCAUCCACAACAUUUCCAAUCGCAGUACGGGCUGCCGGUGCGCAUGUAUCAGGAUACGCAGCCGCAGCAGCUGCAGUUCUUGACGCAGCCGCCGCCAUCGACGACCCCGUCACCGGGACAGCCGCAUCCGACGUUCCAUCCGCCACCACAGCCAUCCCCUGCCGGCGGGGGACUGCAGCCGUCGGUGUUCACACCGCAAGCACAGCCAUACCAAUUGAUGUGUGUACAUCCUGGCCCGCAGAUCAUAUCCAAUACCUAUCCCAUACAUCCGCAGCAAAAUCCACCGUUCCAGAUGCUGAUGCAGCCGCAUAGCACGCAGUGAGUUGCUGUUGCUGCUGCUGCAGUGGAUCGUCGAUCGUCGAAAGAAAGCAUUCAGCAAAGCGGCUGCCGUCGUCAUCAUGGAAACAACAUUAACAACAACAUCAGCAUCAGCGUUUAAAUCUCCUCAUAGCCCCGCCCCUUCCUCAGCUCCGCUCAGUCGCAGCCUCUCAACCUCAGCAGCAGCAACAGCAAUGCCACAUCUAGAUCCAAACACACACCAGACACAACAACUUACACACAUUUGCAUCAACUUCUUAUUCACAACUGCAGAGAGGAGGAGAAGGAUUAUGGAUGAAAGCAAAAGGAGCAAGCUCCUUUGAGCACAGUUCAUUUCCUCCACUCUGUCCACUUUCAGGAUGCGUCUUUGUGCUCUGCUGAUGCGGCUGCUGUGGCAUGCCUCAUCCCACAUUCAUAAUCGCAAGUGAAACACCAAUAACAACCACAACAACAACAAAAAAACAACACCAACAACUAGGAAAUUAUAAAAUAUUAAAGAAAGCAAAGGGAAACUAGAAAAUUUGUCAAAUUGCCUGAAGUCUCAGAUGCGAUAAGAACAGCACUGAACGGUAACAACAACAACAGCAACAGAAAACAACCACAGCAAGAACACAUGUAAAAGAACAAAUGAAAGAAUACGGCUAACAACUGAAGAAAGUCGAAAGCGAUCGAAUGGUAUUACCUAUCUACGUAUAUCCAAAAUUCAAUUUGUGUUCGUGAAUCGCAGCGAAAUCAAGAAAAUUGAUUACAACAUGAAACUGUGCUGUAUAAGAGAAUAAACCGAAUCAAAUCAAAUAUUGAAUGAUUAUAAAACGCAUAAAAAUGGAGACAAAUCAUUAUGAAUUUUUGUAAAAAUUGCUUAAAGCGUAAAACACAAUUUCAAUUCACUUUGAUAUUUAAAUGAGGAUUACACGCAUAUUUGUUUUAGAUUAAAUCCAUCAUGAAACACUAAAAGUACAGAGAAUCAAUGAUAAUCCAAAAUCCAAAUCAUUCCAAAUUUGCAAUCAACAAAUCGAAUCACAAAUUUUCCCAAGAUCCAAGCAAAGUGUCGCAAGAAGGAACAAGAAAAGAGAACAAACUUAUUGUUCAGAUAUGAAAUAUACAUUAUUAAUUGGUUUCUUACAAACAAAAAAUGCUUAAGUUUCGGUAUUCGGUAUUAUUCACAUUGGGAUUGUCCAAUAACAAAUUUUGUAUUUUGUUGUACUAGAUAAUCCCAUUCUGAAUACUCAGCUACAUUUAACUUUGCUUGAUUGACGGAAAAGCGCAACCGAGGAAACGUGACAUGACGAAUGUGAAUUAAGGAGGAGGAGAGGGAGGAGCAAGAGUCGAUAGAUUAAUGUCCAAAAUUGUAGAAACUGAUUGAUUUUGUUGAAAUUUAAUUUUGUUUGCACUUCUGUAGCAUUCUUCUUAUAUCUCUAUAAAAAUC